GCUUGGCAGCACCCCCCUGUCCAGCAUGUGGGGAUGGCGAACCGGGAUUCCGAGGCGACAGUGGGGAUGAUGGUGAGGAGGGCCCUGACGGUUACCCGGGAGUACGCGGUCCCGAUGGUGACCAGGGCGUUCCGGGUAAGCGCGGCCAACCAGGCCGAAUGGGUCCUCCGGGCUUUCAGGGACCUGAAGGUCUGCCCGGAGUCAGAGGUGAAAAGGGUGAUGUAGGAGACACUGGCUACGUGACCAUCCAAAACCGUGAUAUCAUUCGCGGUGAUCGAGGUGAACCUGGUCUUCCGGGUCCCAAGGGACAGUCCGGAGAUCGUGGAGAAAUGGGGGCCAAUGGCGAGCAAGGUGAACCCGGUUUUAUAGGGCGCAAGGUGAGUCUAUUACCUAAGUCAGUUUCUGACACCAGAAACAGUGCAAGCAAUGCUAUUUUUAAAAAAACCGUGACCACCUGUGCGUGCCGAAAAACGUCAAUAGAAUUGUCUAUUUGCUUACAAUAG